GUUAAACUUAUUUUUCGAUCAAGCAAGAGGUCGUUAUUUUACCUGAAAAUGAUGUCUAAUUGCUCCUAUUGCCAUUUCUUGCAGAUAAUCUAAACCAGACCACGAGGAAACAGAACACCAUUUGAAAAUCACAUGUUUCUCAAACUAUCCAGAUUUACACUGAGUUUGCAGUAAAUCUAUAGGGUAAGUCUUGGUAGAAAAAUUCUUCGGUUACCUGGGUAGGCAAAGUUUUUGAUUGCCUAUGGAAUAUGAAACAAACGGUCACCCGCUCAGGGCGGGCCUCAGCCAAACAAAACUUCAAGUUGGUUUAAAGAAAAUACAUGAAAAUUGCAGAUUUAACUUUAGUACCUGGCUUUUUUAAGUCUACAACAACAGCAGUAUGAUCAUGAAAGCACAUAUCAACAAAUUUUAAUCACUUUAUCAGAAUUGUGGGGAAGGAUUUUAAAGCAAGAAAAGAACGCAAGAAAAACAAUGAAAGACGCCCCAAAACUCUGAGCAUGUUGUCUAAUUAUUAAAAGAGAAUUUUCCAAAGAAAUAUACUCACAUGGAGGCCAUCACAUAGAGCAACCGAAUCAACAAGUGAUCCCCAAAAGGACAGGCACUCGAAAGUAAGAGAAUGAUGCAAGGGACCUCUCUUGUCUCUAUGCCUAACCAGGUAGCAAGCAGAGAAGGAAAAUAACAGUGGAGAACAAUUUCGGAUGCCGACUUAAUGAUGAAUGUGGUAUCUUUCAACAUUUGCUGAUUCAGUUUACUCCACCAAUCAAGGUACAGAAAAUAACCAAACCCCAGUAAUGUAAAUUUGGAAAAAAUACAACAAAAGUGGUUGAAUCAUAAGAAGUUAGAUGAAUUGCUGGUGCUUCUUUUUGUGAGCUAAUCGUAACUAAGAACAGUCUCUAUCAAGAGAAGUUAUUAUUUUGCAAGAUGUUUCUACUAGUAACAAGAGGACAUGAGCUUGCUUUAGAGGUGAGACUGAAACAGAAAAUGCAACAUUAAAUGACCUUCUUCCAACCUCUUCUUAUCUAACCUGGUAGAAAAUGACAAAAAUCCAGUUGUGUUCUCUUCAUUUUUCACAGGAAAAGGCUGCUUUUUUUUUAAUGACAAGAUAGAGGAAUGGAGGGAUUGGUUAUUAAAGGAAUUAUGAAGAGGCACUGUUUUAACUUAUUUAAGAAAAUGGGUCUCAUAGAGUCAUAUUCCUUCCUGUUUGUUGAGUGGGCCUCAUCUGAUUUCUAUCCUAAAGGCUGCUCUAUAUUUAUGAGAUGGGCAGAGAAAUAAAGGUUGUGGUAUUUCGGUUAAGAGACCAAAUGAGCAAAUGAGCUGCUUCAGUUCCUUCUUUCAUAUUUAAGAGGUUAGACUAGUAUGUUAUGAGUAUCACCUAAAGCUUGUCCUGUUGCACUUCAAUUCCAAGGAAACAAGAGUGCUACGAUUGCCAUGUGGUAAAAUUUACUCCGUGUAUCCAGUAAUGAUCCAUUUAUGAUCUUUGGGAGAGAGAGAAGUUCCUUUCUCUCAUGCUACUGGAAACCAGCAUUUGGUUGAUACAGAGGAAGCAAGCAGAGAGACAAGGAUAUACAAGUCUAUUUCUCAGGUAAUGAGGUGUGCACAUCCCAGUUUAUAAUAGAAAUUCAGGAGCUUUAGCUUAUCAGUUCUGUCUCUCUAUUAUUUCAUGGUGUUGUACUCUUUAAUUCUAUUCUCUUCCUCUUCCCACAGUAAUGGAGUCUUCCAAAAUCCUUGGAGGUGCAGAAGAAGAUAGCAGCAGUGAGUCAGGGUGGACAAUGUAUAUUGAUUCGUCCAGCCAUGAAGUUUAUGACUCGGAUCAAGACAAUCAAAGCACUGAUAAACACACAUAUGACUACCGCAAAGACAAUCGUUACAACAACAACCAAAAUGAUGAUGACAACGAGAGUGAUGACUCGAUGGCUUCGGAUGCCUCUUCCGGGCCAAGUCAUCAGCUUUCAUGGGGAAGCAGUACGCAAAGUCUUAGCAUCGGUUACUUCAAGCAGGCAGCUACUAAAUAUCCUUCAAAACAAGAACCUAACCGACCGGUGAAGAAGAAAGACCAUCGAACUCAAGCAGAAAAGUCAGUGAUUAAGGCAAAAAGUAUCGCUAGUCAUGUUCAAAGCGGAACCAAGAUGAGGAAAACCAACUAAAUGGGAAAAGAAGUACGUUUCUCCUACUUCCUCAAGGUCUCUUACCAGACAGUGAUGAACAGCAGUACUUUUACUGUUUUUCAGGUAAUUGAAAGCAGAGAACAGUCCAUGCAUCUGUAGCAUGAAUCUUGUAUGGUAGUAUAGCUUAUAGCUUCAAAGUCCAACGUGAGUUAAUAUCUCAUAUAAUCAACUUGUCCCCGCCUAGUUGUAUGUCUAUAUACAAUAUAUAUGCACCAACGUUGUUCUAUUUUGUUGUUCCAAAGAAACAUUAUGCAGCAUAUGUAUGAUCUCCUUACAAAUAUAAUAACUUUAGGUGGCAUAAUAAAUAUUCUACUAGCAUGAGAAAAGACAGUAGAGGUGCAGAUAAAUGUAGCAAUUAUGAACCCAGGGCAACUCAGAAAUUGCAAAAGAAGACGAUCAUGUCCAACAUAUAUUA